AGCUGCAGGAAAGUGAGCUGCAAACAGCUGCAAACUGGGAUCUUCUUGGUCCUUCUCGCUGGCGUCUGGCAAAGUGCUGUCACUUCUUCCAGAAGUGGUCGAGCUGUCUUUUGCGAUUCUUGAUGCAUGGGUGAUCAGGGUUAAGAAACAUAGACGAUUGUGAGAAACGCUUGCAGAUAUGGAGGACUCCGCCAACGUUGCAUUGGCCGACAGCGCUCCGGAGGCUGAAGAGUCCAGGUUGCCUUCCUUUGUGGAAGAAACAGAGCAGCUGAGCCAGCUGAUUGGUCGGAUCACACUUGCAAAUGGCGCCACUGACGUGUCAAACUACCUGGAGGUUGAGAGGAUUUUCGAGAAGUACCAGGAGCAGCCUCAGCUAUUAGACCCCCACUUGGAGGGGAUUGUGGUUCCCAUCAUGCUGGUCAUCAGGGCCAGGGCGGCGCAGGCUCCUGUGGACACAGCAAUCGUGAAGAACCUCUGCCGGCUUAUUCACACCCUGUCCACAAUCAGGGGGCCAAAGACGGUGGUCAAGCUGUUCCCCCACCAGGCAUCCGACUUGGAGCCUACGGUCGCCCUGUUAGAACUGAUACACCAGGAGAAAGCCCCCUUGAGCAUUCUUAAGGAAGAGAGCACCGGCGAAUGGGAGUCUCGGUGCACGCUCCUCCUGUGGCUCUCCAUGCUAGUUCUCCUCCCAUUUGACCUGGCGAGCAUUGACACCGCGCUGGGGGAGGGGGCGGAAAGCACUGCCGAAGGGCCCCCCCUGGUGAAGAAGAUGGUGGAUAUCUGCAAGGAGUAUCUAAGCAGCCCAGGCUCUGUCCGAGACGUGGCCUCCGUGCUGCUGGCCCGCCUGCUGACACGUGUCGACAUGCGGGCGCCCUUCCGAAGCUUCCUGGCCUGGUCGCACGCCGCAAUCUCUUCCACCCAGGACGACCCCACUACCGUCUUCCUCCUUCCGGGCAUCAUGAGCUCGCUUGCCGCCAUCUUCAAGGUAGGCGGGCGCGACAUCCUUCUCGAAGUCUCGGAUAGCGUAUGGGCGGACGCAUGCGCAGUUCUGCAAACGCCGUUCGCCGCCCGCAGUCCCUUGGUGCGCAUGCUAGCCGUGAAGCUCAUUCAGAGGAUCGGCCUCACGCACCUGCCGCCACGUGUCGCAACCUGGAGGUACCAGAGAGGCCAUCGGUCUCUACUCCAAAACAUGGACGCAAGCCUCCCUCAAGGUGCCACCGACGCGGGCUUGGAGGGAGGGAUCCCCCAACCGGACGCCGGCGCGCCUGCCGACGAGCCUGCCCCUGAGGACGACGAUCUGGACGUGCCUGACGUAAUCGAGGACGUCAUCGAGCACCUGCUGACGGGGCUCAAAGACAAGGAUACCGUCGUCCGAUGGUCCGCCGCAAAGGGCAUAGGCCGCGUCACCGGACGCCUGCCCGCGGAUUUUGCGGACGAGGUCGUGGGUUCCGUUGCGGAGCUGUUCCGCCCGGCUGAAGGCGACGGAGCGUGGCACGGCGCCUGCCUAGCGGUCGCCGAGCUGGCGCGCAGGGGCCUGCUGCUGCCUCAGCGGCUGUCGGAGGUCGUUCCGGCGAUCGUUCAGGCCCUGCACUACGACGUCCGCCGCGGCCCGCACAGCGUGGGCGCCCACGUGCGGGACGCGGCCGCGUACGUGUGCUGGGCGUUCGUGCGCGCGUACACGCCUGACGUCAUGGCCGCCCCGCUGCGCCAGCUGGCGCCCGCGCUGCUCACCGUCGCCUGCUAUGACCGGGAGGUCAACUGCCGCCGCGCAGCUGCGGCAGCGUUCCAAGAGGCGGUCGGCCGCCAGGGCAACUUCGCGCACGGGAUCGAGAUCGUGCAAAGGGCGGACUACUUUUCGUUAGGAACGCGGGCGCACGCCUACAAGCACGUGGCGCCCUUCGUGGCGCAGUUUGAGGAGUACCGGCAGCCGCUGAUCGACCACGUGAUGGCGACCAAGAUCAACCACUGGGAGAAGGCGCUCCGCGAGCUGGCGGCGGAAGCCCUCGCGCUUCUAGUUCCCCGCGAUCCCGCCCUUUUCACCCUCAAGAUUCUCCUACAGCUAGUUGCGUCCACGCUCUCGGCCGACCUGCCGCAAAGGCACGGGGCUACGCUGGCAGUCGGGGAGGUGCUGGUCGCGUUGAAGGCUGCUCACGUCGAGCUGACGUCAGAGAUGCAAGCGUCGGUUGGCGGUGUGGUUCCCGCAAUUGAGAAAGCGCGGCUGUACCGUGGCAAGGGCGGGGAGAUGAUGCGCGGCGCCGUGUGCCGGCUCAUCGAGCGAACCGCCCACGUGGGCCUGCCGCUGCCGAUCAAAACGCUCAAGCUGCUCGAGGGGUCGAUUCUGGACAACUUGCAGCACCCGACGCCGGAUAUUCAGGCCUCAGCCGCGUCCGCUCUGUCCGCUUUCGCCGCCGCCUACCUCCUCCCCUCCAAACCCGAGCGGGUUAACCGAACCACGCUCAAAUACGCUGCCAUCAUCCGGGACGACCCAAACCCCGCGGCCAAGCGCGGAUGCGCGCUCGCUCUCGGCGCCCUGCCCAAACCCUUACUAAAUCCCGUCUGGAAAGAGGUUCUGGACACGCUGUGUGGGGCGACCGUUCUGCAGGCGAACCCCGAGGAAAGGGACGCCGAGACGCGGGUUAACGCGGUUAGGGCGCUGGCAGUUGUGUGCGAAACCCUGGGGUUAGAGACGCGGGAAAACGGGUCGAUGCCUGUGAGUACAUCGGGGUCUCAAAACGAGUCAGGAACUCAGUCGGUGGCAGGAACGGUCAAUGGAAACCCUGAUGGCCAAAAACGAGAGACUUUGGCACUGGGGGAAAGUAGCACUCAAAGGGAAGACUCGGGUCUGCCAGUUGGUGUCGUGUCGGGCCAGGUUAUGGAGCAUCUUUUGGCAGCGUUGGACGAUUACGCAACUGACAACCGGGGUGACGUCGGGUCAUGGGUUCGGGAGGCAGCUAUGGAAUCAAUUGAGAAGGUGACGUAUCUUUUGUGCCACGUGGCGGCAUCAGAAACCUGCCACGUGGCAGGCGGAGAGGCUGUAAAAGAAAUAGACGAGAACGGCUUCAGUACGUCUGGUUCCGGGAAAGAGGUUAAAUGUAACGGGGACGCAUUCACACCGGAGUUAGCGGCGCGGGUUAUUGCCGGGUUAGCGAAACAGGCGGCCGAGAAGAUUGACCGGGUGAGGAACGUGGCGGGGAGCGUUCUGCAGCGACUAUUGGCCCGGAGCAAUCCACCGGUCGCUGCAAUUCCGCACGGGGGGGUUCUGCGGGGGAUCAUACCCGCAGACGCAGUCAUCAACUGGGCGGUCCCCAGCCAGACCUUUCCCCUCACUGUCCAGCUCCUCGCCUUCCGCCCCUUCCGCUCCGCUCUCCUGGCCGGACUCGUCAUUUCCGUGGGCGGACUGGCGGACUCUCUCGGAAAGGCGUCCGCAUCGGCGCUACUCGACUUCCUGCAGACACGUGGCAGCAUCCAGUUGGACGAAGCCGACAGGGGAGACUCGGGAGAGGAGUUGCUGAACGGUUUUGCGGACGCUUUCAAGGGCCUCUUCGAUUCGGACGCUGGUUUGGAUCGCGUUAUCGUUCCUGCGCUUAAGACUCUGGCCAUCCUUUUGGAGGAUCGAACGCUCCAGAAGCUGCAGCUCCCCGCCAAGCUCCACGCCCGGGGCAUCCUCGACUCAGUCGGAACAGAGCUCCGGGGUUGCAAAGACAUCCCCAAGCUGCUCGCCGGAGUCGACGUCCUGUGCAGCUUCGCCCGGUUGCCGGACCCCGACCGCUCGGCCGCUCUGCAACAGCUGCUGGGACUCCUCGGUAACCGAUACCCGAAGGUUCGAAUGCAAUGCGCGGAGAAGCUGUAUGACCUGCUUUACAUCGAAGACUUGACGAGAGCUGAAGAGAUUGCGGAGAGUCUUCCGGCUGGCCCGGAACAAGAAGCGUUGAGGUCUAGAAUAGCGGACUUAGAAGCGGCCUGCGACCUGCUUUUGGAAACCAAGUGGAGCUCUCCGGUAAACGAGAUCAAGGAUAAAAGAGACGGCUUGUUUUGUUUGUUGAAAGUGGAAAAGCCGGUAGCUGUGGUGGGGAGUGUAGCAGCAUCGGCCGGGGUUCGGAGGAAAGUGGAGGUAAAGUUUAGAGAUGAGAAUGAGACUUACGGAGCAUUGGUUGAUGACGCAGGGUACUAGGAAACGUUGUUGAUGAAAGAGUCUUUGCGCCUGCAAAUGAAUCAAAUUACAUGCA